GGCCCUCACUCUCUCCUUCACUUCUCAGGGGUUGGGGGAUGAAUCUAGACUCUUCUGAAGGGUCUUGUCAUUAUUGAUCCCUUUCUUUCUGUCUCCCCAGCACUGCUGGAUUCAGGUUCUAUCAUAUUUAUAGGAUGAAAAAUUUAAAAUUGGAAGGGGCUGCUGAGUCCAACUCCUUUCCUUUUAUAGAGAAAGAAAACAAGAUUUAGAGAAAUUAAGUGGUUGCCCAAGGUCAUACAUUUUUUAAAGGCAGCAUUUGAACUCAUCUUCAACAUUCUAUCUAUUAUACUUUGGUUUAUUUUAUCUAAAUGUUUUUAGAUCUGUUUUUUAAUAUGCAUUUUCUAUUUCCCCAUCCAACUGGGAAGGGUCAGUCUCCUUUAGAGGAGCCUCUGGGGCCUUUGUCUGACGUCCUGAGGAGGAAUCUUGCAAUUUGGGGAGAACAGGAAUGAAGGAGUGACCAUUGGCGAACAAUGUGGGGCAGAGUGCCCAGCUGGUUCUGGGUGGAAGGUACCUAUGUCAUGGUUGAAGCUGGGGGGAUGUGGUGAUGUCUCCUCCCUCCACCAUCACCAAGGCUAUUUUCCCUUUCAAAUCACACCAGCUCCCUGAGCUCAUCCUUUGCUUAAUUGAAGGCUGUGAGUUCCAGGAAAGUGUACAUCCUCCUUGUUUUCCUGCUGCCCAGGGCUAGUCAGCCAGAAUUAUUAAGCUCUCCUUUGUCUCUGGAGGAGACAAUAAAAAAAAAUCUUUGCUAUGUCCCUGGCUUGGGGCAGUUGGGGAGGGAGAGAAGGCUGUCCUUCCAGGGGGGUCAGAAAUUGCUUGUCCUUCUGGGAGCCCCGGGGCUCCAAGCAGGAAUGGGUGAGGAGACAAAUUAUACAGUGGAGAUUUUGGCUCUCACUUCAAGAGUGAGAGAAAGCCUGGGCCCCACCCCUGGCCUGAAUAUAAAGGGGUGUCCUGGGGUCCUGCUGCCCAGAGUCAGUCUGAAUUGAACUGGACACUGAGCUGUCAACAUGGCUACCACUACCACUGUCAGACAGUACUCCACUUCUGGGUCCAUGUCAGGCCUCUGUGGACUGGGUGGCGGCUCUUCCCGAAUGUCUUCAGUUCGGGUUGGGGGGGCCUGCCUGGCUCCGAGCCUCCUGGGGGCCGGCAGCUGUGGGAAUAUGUCGGUCACAUCAUCCCGUUUUACCUCCAGCUUGGGGAGCAGCUAUGGCGGCGGCUACACCUGCAACCUGGGAGGGGGUUUUGGCUCUAGCUAUAGCGCAGGGGAUGCCCUUCUGGGAGGGAGCGAGAAGGAGACCAUGCAGAACCUCAACGACCGCCUGGCCUCCUACCUGGACAAGGUGCGUGCCCUGGAGGAAGCCAACACUGACCUGGAACUGAAGAUCCGGGACUGGUACAAGAAGCAGGGCCCGGGGCCUGCCCGGGACUACAGCCCUUACUUCAAGACCAUUGAGGACCUGAGGAAUAAGAUCCUGGCUGCCACCAUUGACAAUGCCAGCUUGGUCCUGCAGAUUGACAAUGCCCGUCUGGCUGCGGAUGACUUCCGUACCAAGUAUGAGACUGAGCUGAACCUGCGUAUGAGUGUGGAGGCUGACAUCAAUGGCCUGCGCAGAGUGCUGGAUGAGUUGACCCUGGCCAGGGCUGACCUGGAGAUGCAGAUUGAAAACCUGAAGGAGGAGCUGGCUUAUCUUAAGAGGAAUCAUGAGGAGGAAAUGAAUGCUCUUCGUGGCCAGGUUGGGGGGGAUGUCAACGUGGAGAUGGAUGCGGCCCCUGGGGUGGACCUCAGCCGCAUCUUGUCUGAGAUGAGAGACCAGUAUGAGAAGAUGGCUGAGAAGAACCGCAAGGAUGCUGAGGACUGGUUUUUCACCAAGACGGAGGAGCUGAACCGAGAAGUGGCCACCAAUACCGAAGCCCUGCAGAGCAGCAAGACGGAAAUCACGGAGCUGAGACGCACUGUCCAGAACCUGGAGAUUGAGCUGCAGUCCCAGCUCAGCAUGAAAGCUUCCCUGGAGGGCACCCUGGCAGAGACAGAGGCUCGCUAUGGCUCCCAGCUGGCCCAGCUCCAGGGCAUGAUUAGCAGCAUCGAGCAGCAGCUGUGUGAGCUCCGCUGUGACAUGGAGCGCCAGAACCAUGAGUACAAGAUCCUGUUGGACGUGAAGACCCGGCUGGAGCAGGAGAUCGCUACCUACCGUCGCCUGCUGGAGGGAGAGGAUGCCCAUCUGGCUUCUCAAUACUCCUCUGCUCUGAGCUCCCAGUCUGGCCGAGAUGCCAUGGUGACCAGCCGCCAAGUGCGCACCAUUGUGGAGGAGGUCCAGGAUGGGAAAAUAGUCUCUUCGAGGGAGCAGGUCCACCGCUCCACUCACUAAGCCUGCAGCCGGCACCUUGCUGGGCAACAUGGAGAAAGGGGGAUAUUUCCUUUAUCACCGUGGCAGGGGAUCCCUGCCAGGGUCUUGGUCUCUGAGCUAACAUUUUCCUACAUUGGCUUUUUGCUGCCUCAUUCCCCUGAAACUCCACUGGGUUCAUAUUCUAUUAAAGCUUUUCUGCAGCUCGA